UAAUGCAAAACUCCCACAUCAUAAAAAGGCUGGGAAAAAUUGCGAGUGUAAAAAUCAUGCGUUGCAAAUGCUUGGAAUGGUAUCAAAAUGUGGGAACACAAAACAAUUUCAUACUUUUACAACUUAAUAACUACAAUUACAACCAAUUGUUCCAAUUCCAAAAUUCUUUCUCGAGUGGUUUCAUAAACGCGAUCUACAUGAAACAUGACAUGCUAUAACACGAUAAAUCUUCAAUUCGUGCAAUGACGCACGAAUAAGCUGGAAUUUAGGGGAAUCCUGUACCACAGUUUACUGCUGACAACUAGUCUCGUCAUGUUUCCGUGUCGGGGAACUUUUAAAUAGCAGUGCAAGCCAUUAGACAGGGGAAUGUGAUUGUUUUGCGGUCGUCAAGGAAAGUUUAUCGCCUGUCAAAGAAAAACGUUUAUAUGAAGAGAGGAAUUUCAUUGUUAUCAAGUAGAUAGCCUCGGAAAACAUUUGUCAUUCAAAGUAGUAAAGAUAACGUCAUCGCUUGACUUUUAAAUCUUCCUUGAAAUUCUUAUCUACCUACAUGUUUUACUAAAUAAAAUUUCUAUAAACAAACAGUACGAGGUCGAGCUGAGCUAUGUGAGUCGUGCAUGUAUUGAAUAACUUCGCUAUGAUUUUAGCUGGCAAUCAAAAUAGCUGCAGUAAAAUUCGUUUUUCCAUAAACACGUUUUACAUUCAAUUUGAUUUCAGUGCAUUUCACUUGGUGCAUGAAUCAUGUUAUAUCCAUGUAUUCAUCCGGUGAGACCGUAUAUGGAGAUAUCUAAUGAGUCGGUGUGGGCCAUAAAAGCCAAACAAUAUGGCUAACAAAGGAUAAACGAUCAAUAAACAACAAAUUAGGGCAAACGAAACACAACAGUACAGUGUAUUCGCACAUGAUACAGUCGACAGCACGCGUUACAAAUAGUUAUGUUAAUCGAAACCCGAAGCAUGCAAUGUGAUACUAAAGCAAUAUAGGGGAGCUCUUUUCACACGACUGGCGAGGGGUUGCUUGAAUUAAUUACUUCGAGUAAUGACUGCUUAUUUACCAUAAAUACAUAUUUUCACCUCGGAGACUUUCCAAGCGUACUGUAAACCUGUAUGUGGUGGCAUUUGCAUGGGAAUCUUUCAAGUUCAAAUGCUCGCACUAUGGAAAUCUAUAUACAUAAGUAGAAAUUUUCUAAUUCUACUCUUUAAGAGUGCUCGUCAUGGGCUGCAAUAUCACAGACAAAGCGAUAGAGACCUUGAUAAACAUUUGCCAGAUCCUUGGUAACAAUAUUACGUUUAAGAUGUUUUUGAGCGAAAGUCAAAGCAAUAUAGCGAAGGUGCAAUUUAAAAUAUGCUCAUUUCAUGAUUAAAACUCGCUUCGUUAUACACAACGCUGGUUCUGUGGGAAAUUUCACGCAUGGAAUUUGACGCAAUUACGACUUUUGCGUGAUGCAUAUUGAAUUUGCGAAAGAUGCACUUGUUACUUAAUUGAGACAAUAUUUCGCUGCUGACGAAGAAAAAAACAAUCAAGUUGCCAAAACUAGACGGCACAUCAUGGCCCAACAAAGACACGGACGUAAUUUAGGUGUGACUAACCUCCACAAAACAGUCACCCAAUCACAGUCUCUUCUAAAUGUGAGCGAGUUGGAAACUCGUGCCAAAGCUACGGUUAAAGACAUUGAUGAUCUGUAUGCCGCGUUACAGGGACUGGUACCAAAAAAGAGUCGAAACAACGGCGGCAUGGGUACGACUGAGAGGAAAGCCCGCUCUGGUGGAAGCGGCAACGAUACGGACACGGCCAAAUCUUCGGAGGACUUGAACGGCCAACCCAGAUUUCGUAGAUACCACAGCGAGAAAUACCCAAAAAAACCAUGGCGAGACCACAAUAUGAACGUUGUUCCACUGAAAACCACACCGCGAAAACCGGUCCUGGAUUCGAGAAAACCAGUUUUGGAAGCGAGAAAACCGGUUUUAGAAGCGAGAAAACCGGUUUUGGAAAAACCUUCACCGGCUAAAGAAACUGUGGAUAAAACUUUAUCGGGCGAGCGAUUGUUCGCAUCGGAUACUGAAGCUGAGCUCCAGGUUGUAACUGGUCAACACCAGGAAGUCAGGCGACAUUUCUCGCUGCCGGAAUACGAAGAGGAGGAUGGUCAUUUGAACGAGACGGAAGGGAGUCAAAAGCGGUCAAGAUUUCUACUAUUUCACCGACGAAGGCGGCCAAAAACUGGCAAAAAGAAGACGUCCAGUUGGCGAAGCUUCUUUUCGACGCUCAGCUUGAAACGACACAAAUCCAAGAAACCUGCAAAGGGGAAAAUAACGCCAGGUGUAAUUUCCAUGAAUGCGCAGAACGAGAACGCCGCGUACGCCGAAGCAUCAGACCAGCAACGGUAGUUUGCCCAAAGAGCAACGCACCCCGAGAACAACCCCUCGACCGUCGUUCGAUACGAUCCAAAGUGUCGGAGGAAACUCCCAGGUCCGUAAAUCCGGUAGGAAAAAGCUGGCGCCAGAGCCGCCGAAUAAAACAA